AUUCAAUUGUGGGUCUCAUUACUACUCAACUGUUUGCUGUAACUGCAUCACGCACCAGACUCUCUGUACAGCUGUAACCGAAAUGGACUCCAUAUUGUCAUGAUCUAUGUACUGCAGUUUGAUGCUUUUUAGUCUUUCGCCUGAUCACAUAUCUCAGAUAUCCACUUCAAAUACUUCAUUUAUUCCACUUCCCGUCCAGGUCCCUCCUUCUAUAAUUUAUUUUCCUUUCCUUCCCUCUCCUGUCUUUCUUCCUUUCCAAAAGAUAUAUAUCCUUUUCGCUUCCAAUCUAAUUGAUCUCCUGCUUCUGUUUCGGUCCUUCACAACUAUCCUUCAAUCAACCGGACCUCAGGACAGCUAUACCACUCUUGACUCUUCCCUCCUUCCAACACCUGGCAAUACAUCUGAUUCCUUCUCACUGUUGCUUUUCACGACGCCAUUGGUUCGGAAGGUCUUAUCUCUUCAAUCUUCAUUCCUCUUAACACCCCUUUUGGAUGUUCCCUAUAUUGGUCCCCAAUUAGGGUUUGCGAAAUUACCGUGCAAUUGUCGAAAAACAAUCUAGGUGGUAUUCGGUCAGAACAGCACUGAGAUUAAAUUGCGCCAGGGGCAAGAUAUGUUGAAACUCCUUUAACAAAAAAUAAUUUUUUUUAAAAAAAGAACGAUCCUGCUACCAGUUUCAACGAUCUUAUCAUCAUUACAUUCCCUCCCUUCAGAACGACCAGAGGAUCUGGAACGGAGACACAUUCCUCUCGGCCAUAUCUUCCGUCAAUUGCUAUCUUGUAGCUAGGACGAGACUGAUUAAAAUCCCUUUCCCUUCCCUGCAAGGGUAUUCGAAUCCGAGAACAGAGUUUC